AUGCCAUCCCCUAUCUCUCCUCCACCUGGAGGGGGAAAAAACACGUACGGCGGCACGCAGGACGCGAAGGUCCGGUUUGGAGAAGUCGCCGGUCCUGGAAAUGGACGGUUGGACGCCAUCACACCAUCGGAAGGCCUGCAUACGGAAACUGCACCUGUAACAGGGCACCCCGAAGCUUGUACUGAUGACAGCACAAGAUAA